AUGCGCCUGCGUCCCCUUGUCCUCCUGCCUUCAGCUGCCUUUGCUGACACUGGUUCCAUGAUCAACAUACCGGCUCACGUUCGUGUCGCUGACAACCAUCGCGACGGUGGCCCCAUCAACCAAUCGUUGAGGACGCACGAGCCAAUGGACGAUGAGAAGAGGAUGAAUGCCGAGUUAGUCACGACGGCGCUCGAUUUACUGCCAGAGAUUGCACAACGGCUGGAGUCGGCGGUAGGAAAGGAAGUCUCAUUGGAAACUGAGAGAGUGCACGAUGUCCUAGCGAUCCCCAGGGAGACCACUGACGAGGUGGGCGGUCUCGUAGUACACUCCGACAUGGUUGCCAAGAAAGGUGUUCACGACAUUGCGAAGCAUGUUUCUGUGCAGCGUGAGCUUGACGCAAUGAUGUCGUCUGAUCUUCCGGAUGACAUAAAAAUCCAAAUCGCUGUUGAAGCUAGGAACACUGCCGAGUCUCUUAAUAAUGUGGAGGCAAGUAAGGCUGCAGACCACACACUCGCCAUAAUAACUGAUCAGUUGAAAGCGGCCAGCAAGAAUCUGGAUGAUGUUCUUCUGCUGCUACCCGGCGUUCAGCCUGUCGAUUUCUUCAAACCCGCGAUCACAAAACUUCUGAAGUCGGUGCCCAAGGGACCCGAACCGUUAGAAGCCAAAAGUCAGCACGUUGACGAUGUAACGGAACCAUUGAGAGCCAACCUUGACGAUGUGGUGGAACCAUUGGGAGCCAACCUUGACGAUGUGGUGGAACCGUUGGGAGCCAACCUUGACGAUGGAACGGAACCAUUGGGAGUCAACCUUGACGAUGGAACGGAACCAUUGGGAGCCAACCUUGACGAUGUGGUGGAACCAUUGGGAGCCAACCUUGACGAUGUGGUGGAACCAUUGGGAGCCAACCUUGACGAUGUGGUGGAACCAUUGGGAGCCAACCUUGACGAUGUGGUGGAACCAUUGGGAACCAACCUUGACGAUGUGGUGGAACCAUUGGAAGUCAACCUAGCGAAACUAUCAGUUGCUGAGCUUGACAAUGUAACGUUAGCUCUCCUCAAACGUUGCGGAAGGAAUGGGGAUGAGUUUCUUCAUACUGUCGUUGAUGCGAUGGAAAGUGAUCUGGUCAUUGAUGUAUCGGCUGUUGAAGAAACUUGGACAUGGGCGCUCAAAUUGUUCCCCGAGAUGUCAGAAAAUCUCAAAAAGGAAAUGGAAACCGCUAUGGAAAGGCGACAGAAGUCUGCCGGUCGCGUCAGCGCCGAGAUCGAGGAAUCAUAG